GAGACUCUGUAAUGUGCAGAUCAGCGUGUGCCUUCAGAAUCCCUCGUCUGUUUGCUACAAGUCCGUUGUCGCUCAUAUAAGAGCAGACAGAGACUGUGCAAUGGAACAAAGUCCUGAAUACUGAAAACUGAUAUCGGUCACUUCUCUGGAUAACUUUCUUUUUUUUUUUCACAAUAACUAAAUUAAUUUCUGCACCUUAAGGAUUAGAAGAAAUGGAAACAGCAAAUGAUAAUGUACUACAAAAAUGUACUUGCCUCAUUAACAAAUUGCUAAAGGUUAAAAUGUACAGAGUUUACAACAUAUACUCUCUCUGCCUGAUUCUUAGCACCCUUGGCCCUUUGGCAAUUGCUCAUUCAGAGACACUGUGUGGAGCUGAGCUAGUAGACACCCUCCAGUUCAUCUGUGAAGGAAGAGGCUUCUAUUUCGGCAAGCAGACCUACGGAUCCAACGCAAGGCGAACUCCCAAUAAGGGAAUUGUGGAGCAAUGCUGCUUUCAAAGCUGUGCCCUGAACCAGUUAGAGAUGUACUGUGCACCAGCAAAGCCAACAGAGUCUGCACGAUCUCUGCGUGCCCAGCGUCACACUGAUGUGCCAAAAACACAAAAGGACACAAAUCCGAAGAACACAAGUCGUGGGAAUGGGAACAACCGAAGCUACAGAAUGUAGAAAGCAUACCCUCUAAAGGAAUAGGGAAUUAAAGUGUUGUUUGCACAGUUGCAAAUUACUUACUGUAAAUGAAUGACUUAUUAACUGGUGGAAGACAAAAAGCAUAAUAAAAUCAGUUUGAUUAUAUUUUAACUAGAGGGCAUUUUUCCCAGUUGACACUACAAGAGAGAACUGGAUAACAUCUGAGCCAACUCAGCUGAAGACUGAGGAAUGCGUUGGGUUUGUGUAGCAUUGUUGUUUAAUGCCUGACCUUCUUUAACGCUUUCUUACAGAUUUGCAAUGAGAAUUUCCUAUACCCCCUCAAAGUCUAGUGAUUCCUGGACUUUAGGUGGCUCAGAUUGCACUAAAGAAAACCUUUGAACUCUGGCUGGCAAGGUAACCCCAGCCAGUUCUAAGUAUUUUCUUAUUAUUUGCACUUCUAUACAGGCUGUUUGUUUUACAGUUCCUGAUAACAUUGUUUGUCUUCCCCUUUGUGUUUGCACAGUUUUACAUUCUCAGAUGUAAUCAUUUUUAGCUACAAAAUUCCUGAUGCAUGAUUUCAAACAUAUAACGUCCACUUGAGUCAAUAGAUAAAUGUGACAAUGCAUUCAUUUUUGGACAAAAAUAUAUUUUUAAGUGCUUUUGUAAAAUAAAGGAAUUGUAAAGGUGAUUUUAUAUUUAGAAAGUGCAGCUAUUGGCAUCUGUACAAACAUUGCAACUUCACAGACUAUCCAUCAGUACAUAGAAAAUAGUUUUCCAUUUAUCGCAUAAUAUAACACUAUCAUAUCUUAUCUCUCGCUCUCUAUGUAUAUAUAUAUAUAUAUAUAUAUAUAUAUAUAUAUAUAUAUAUAUAUAUAUACAUAUAGUGAAUAAUGAUAUAAGAAUCCUUUUCCUAGUACUAUGGUGCUAUUUGAAGUUUGUAUUAGUGUAAAGGUUUUGGCAAAUGUUAAACAGUGAAAGCAAGAAUAAAACUUGAAAUGGUAUGUAAUAUAUAAUUGCUAUUUGGGAACUAUUUAGAAACUAAAAGCUAUUCUGUAAGGAUAGAAUAUCACAUGAUUUUGUGUUCUGUUUAAAAUAUGCCAUGAUUCUGUGUUCUGUUUUAGAAAUGAGCCACCAUAAAAGCUUGCCUUCUUUUUAAAUACAUAUCAGCAAAUUAAUUGGCAUUACCUAUUUAUUGUGCAGGUUUUUUGUACAUAUAGGACAUAAAAACUAAACAUGCUGAUGAAUUUACCAGUUUACCCAUGAUUCUUUAAAGGACUGUUAUUAUUUUUAUUCAGAAGUCACAGCACAAUUGUGUUUUUCUAGCAACUAUUGCUAUUAGUUGGACAGUUGUCAGGAAAAGAUUUAAAACCCACAUUUAAAAGACACCAUUCACUACACUUGAUCUUAGCUAAAAUGCUGAGAUGAAAGACUUCAAACUUGAAUAUUAGCAUUACAGAAUGCUACUGACAGUUACUCUGAUCAAACUUUAAAUAAAUAUUUCAAUUGACAGCUUCAGGCAUGUAAGCAUU